AUGUCGGCUACUCCCAUCGGCUUCUUCGGCCUGAAGCUCGUGCCAGGCAAGGUCCACAGGAUGGACGUCUCGCGCGACUUUAAGAUCACCAACGUCUCGUACGCCGAUCAGCCCAAGUCCAAUACCAAGACACUCGUCAAGAUCCACUACACUCAUGUCCCUGGUUUUGAGGAUGACUACGAUGAAGAAGAGCAAGAGAAAGAGCCCAAAUCUACCGAUGAAGAGGAGGAGAUCGAGGAAAAGGUGUACACGCUCUGCAGCCUCAACGGCGCCAACAAGGACCACGCUGUCGUCGACCUCCAAUUCUGCCAGGAAGAGCUCAUCGGCUUUUCCAUCACAGGUGACGCGCCUGUCGACCUUGUAGGCAACUACGUCGCUCCUCCUGACUUCUUCGAUCAAGACCCUUCCGACAGUGAGCUCUACUCGGACGACGAAGAUGACGAUGAGGAUAUGUACGGUCUCGACUCGGACGACUUUGACGAUGAUGAUGAUGAUGACAUGGACGAGGAUCCAGACCGCUUCGAAGAGCUUGUUGAGUCUUCCGCCUCGAAGCCCAAGAAGGCUAUCGAGGCUGCUCCCCUCGCCGAUUCCAAGAAGCGUGCGGCGGAGAAGCCUGUCAAGGAAACCGCUGCCAAGAAGCUCAAAGCUGAUGCUUCCGCCGCUUCCGCCGCUUCCACCCCUACCAAGGCCAUCGAGACCAAAGGAGAGAAGCAGACCAAGGGCGCAAAAGACACCAAGCCCAAGUCUGAGACCGUCGAGAAAAAGACGGUCGACAAGUCUACUUCCAAGAUGACCACCACCAAGCUUCCAUCCGGUCUCGUCAUCGAGGAAAAGAGUGCAGGCUCCGGUCCUCCCUGCAAGGCUGGUCAAAAGGUCGGCAUGCGAUACGUCGGCAAGCUCACUAACGGUAAAGUGUUUGACCAGUGCACUAGCGGCAAGCCAUUCUACUUUAAACUUGGCAAGGGAGAGGUCAUCAAGGGUUGGGACGAGGGUGUCAAGGGUAUGCGUGUCGGUGCAGAGCGCCGUCUCACCUGCCCUCCUAAACUUGCUUACGGCAACCAGAAGAUUCCCGGCAUCCCCGCCAACUCGACACUCGUCUUCGAUGUCAAACUUGUUGAAAUCAAGUGA